CUCUUCGUGUCGGGCGAACAUAAGCGCCAUCUUGACUGUAGUCCUUUACCGCGUUGAGCUGCAUUUUUGACUCCAAAAGUCGGCGUCUGGAAACAGAAAACUUCGAUCUUAUUUCCGCAUCUCCGCGCUGACUCCUCAGGCUCUCGGUCAUGACCAGCAUCCAGCUACUCAGAGUGCUCGUUAACGAGCGGCUGGCCGCGGCUGCCGACGACAUCUUGGAGGCGGUCAAGAAGACCAUCGCGGGCUACGAGGAGGAGAUCCUGCUGUCCAAACGGGAGAUCCGCCGCCAGCGACGGAUGCUGCAGAGGGAGUCCAGACCGGAGAUACUCGCCGGGAAACACGCAGACCAACCCCAGCUUGCCCUGUCUGUCUGGGACGAGGACUUCCCUUCUGAUCAGCAGCAGGUAGAGGAGCAGUGUGAGCUGGAGUGGAGCCCCAGUCCAGACUUGGACAACAAGGAUCCUCCACAGACAGACAAGAACCAGGAAGAGGAGCAGCACCAGCGGCCACUAGAGGAAGUAGAGGAGGUGGAGGAGGAGGAUGGUGCCAUCGGGUUCAUCUUCAAGCAUCAGCCCAGCUCUCCGAGCACUAAAGGGGGCGGUGGCGAUCCUCUGCCGAGCACUUCCACAGAGCAGGAGCAGGUGAUGGUGGAGGACAAUGAUGGGUGCUCCUCCAGCUCCUCGACCGUCAACAGCGACGAUGAGUGGAGGGCCAGCAUGGACUCUCCGAGCGACGACAGCGACAGCAGCCACAAGUGGAAGCCGAAGAAGAAGAAGGGGCCUCGCACACUGACGGCUCCAACAUUGCACCCGGCCAAAAAUCUCAAAUCCAGAAUCUUCUGUAAAGUAUGUGGGAAGGCCUUCCACGCCAACAUCUCUUUGGUGAAUCACAUGGAGGUUCAUCCCAAGGAUGUCUGUGGCGUGUGUGGGGAACAUUUCAACAGCGAGGAGACCUUUCAGGAGCAUGUGAAAACUCACGUGAAGGCAGAGAUCUGCAGUGUCUGCGGGAAAUGUUUUGGGACCUCCAGCAACUUGGAGACCCACAUGAGGGUCCACACGGGGGAGAAACCGUUUCUCUGCAGCGAGUGCGGGAAAUCCUUCAACUGCCGACACAACAUGAUGCGACACAUCAGGAUACACACAGGGGAAAAACCGUACACCUGCACCGUGUGUGGGAAAUGUUUCAAUGACUACUCCACUCUGAAGCGCCACCUGCAGGUUCACAUCCGCGAGAAGGCCCGCAAUCCAGAAAAUUCACCCAUAAAUGACAAUGAUGAUGAACACAAGAAUAAGAUGUCGUCCAAAAAGUCCCGGGCUAUAUGUGAAGUAUGCGGGAAAAUGUUCCACUCGGUGGUUUCUCUGGUGAAUCACGCCAAGAGCCACGCCACUGAUGUCUGCGGCGUUUGCGGGAUGAACUUUGAUUCAGAGGAAAACUUGAAAAGUCACCUGAAGACUCACAAAAGCGGGAAGGUCUGCGAAGUGUGCGGUAAGUGUUUCGACGGUCACGGAAACCUGGAGAUGCACAUGAGGAUUCACACAGGGGAGAAACCGUUUCUGUGCAGCGAGUGCGGGAAAUCCUUCAACUGCAGACACAACAUGUUGCGCCACGUCAGGACGCAUACGGGAGAGAAGCCGUAUCUGUGCAACGUCUGCGGCCGAGGCUUCAGCGACCAGACGAGCCUGAAGCAGCACAGCAGCACGCACACCGGAGUCAAACCGUACCGCUGCGAGGUCUGCGGCAAAGGCUUCCACCGAAAGACGUAUGUGAGACUGCACAUGAAGAGCCACGCGUCUGAGAAGAAGUGACUGCUGUGCAAAUAAAGAUUUGAUCCUGUCUUUUAAUGCAGCACUGGUCAUGAGUGUGGUUACGCCAGGUUCAGACAAGCAUAAUAAAAGGUGACUUAUUACACUAAAAACAUAAAUAAAUAAGAAUACCAUCUCUCCAUAUACACUUCAGUAAUGUUGAGCUCAGUGUUUUCUUCCACAUAGAGCAUGAUGAAGGUAAAGGCUAAAGCACAACCCCCCACUGUGCACCAAAGAAAGGCUCUUAUCUAAUCUGAUCUGGUGGCUGUCUGAUGAAACACUCAUUUUCUGGGACUUUUAAGGGACGAUGUGAGUUUUUGGAAUCUUUUUAAAUCUCCUACAUAGCUUAUGUUCCCUUUUCAAGUACCAUAUUCAGUUAGAGCAGGCAUAAUGCACCCAGUAGCAGCUUUAUAUUUCUAUUCUUGGACUCUGCCAGAGUAGCUUUGCAUAAUUCACAUUAAUAAAAAAAAAAUAAAAUCCUUACCCUGGCACAUUGCGUUUGUAGUCCCACAGCCCUCUCAGCUCCUGUCUCUUUAAGUCCCCACUUUAUUCUGAUGGGCCAGCUUCUAAAAGCCUGCUGAGGGGCAACCAACAUGUGAGCGCUGCCUCCUGCUUUUGUCGGUGCUUUCUAAUUAGGAAAAGUCAUGCUAGCACCCACCCAUCCAUUGUCUUUAUUUUAUCCUGUCCCAGGGGGGGUGGAGCCCAUGUCAGAAUUUUGGGUUGGGUAGGUAAAAACAAAGGUUUUGAAAUUCUGCGAGUUAUCGUGAACCUCCAAGAACUUCCUGAACAGUUUAAAGCUUUCGGUCCAUUUUUUUCUUUCUCUCAUUCUUCCAAAUUGAGCCGUGUUUAACAUGAACAUCAAACACUAACAUCCUGCACAGCAGAACAGAAGAUAACAAAAGUUUACCUCCAUGAGUCUUUAUUUUCAGAUAUUUUAUUAUAUUGUGCAGACUGGGACGUGGCUAAUACCCUUCAUAUGCUGUUAACACUACCCCACUACAAUAUGGGGUUAUUUGUUCUUUACUGCACGUCAGGCAGUCUCAGUCAGUCUGACAUAAAUCUGUUUAUAUGCAGUGCAGUCACAACGUGCCUCUGACGGACUUUCUCUUACUUUGUUAUUUAUAGCUGUUUAUUAUUUGUAGCUGUUUAACUGAAUAUCUGAAGUUAUUCUAAUGUCGGGCUGUUAACUCGAGUUAUUUCUGUUUGCUGAGCAGUGCUUUUCACAUUUUGCUGGAGAAUAAAGUGAGUUAUUUUUUUUCUCUGUU